UACGCAUCCAACAUAUGUGUGUUUGGCAGCUCACAAAACACUGCGACUUUCACUCUCACUACCUUCUCAGGAGACGAAUUUUCUCACCACCAUAUCAUAGGUUCACGAAUUGCCUGGCACGCCCCGCGGGCCGUCAUGUCCACCGCCUCGGACGACGAGCGCGAUCCGCCCGCGCCGUUCAUGGUCCAGCUAUUCUACCGCACUGGCGCAUUCCACCGACCCGAGGAAUUCGCAUCACCGUCUUUGCCGCCGCACAUCUCCGUCUACACGUGGCCGCACUGCACCCUAAGCGAGCUAGCCAUGGAGCUCGCCGCCGCGAAGCCGUCUGCUCUACCGUAUCCCGCCGUUGGGACGCGGUUAGCCUUCCAGCUCGUGUACCCGGACCUGCGAAACGUGGGAACAGGGCCCAAUGCGUCCCCGCGGUUUGCUGUAAAGGAUCUCGGCAGCAUCGUCGUGGGGCAAGGACUCCCCGGGUCGGAGACAUCAGAGUUGGGCGACACAUCGGCCAGAGCGAACCACGAGAUUGGCCGCACAUUAAGCGAUGCGCGGUUCGUGGUAGGGGACUACGUGUCUUGUGCCGUCCUCCCACCGUUGUCGGACGGGGCUGUGGCGCCAGCGUCGAACGCGAGGCCCGUUGCGCCGACAGUGAGGGAUAACCGCAUGCAACGUGACGGGUUUCGCGGUCGGGAGAACGGAUUCGGGCGUGGCGGUGGCCGUGGUGGUAGGGGCGGGCGAAGGGAUGGGGCCGGAGCCUCGUUUCCCAUGGGUGAGUGGAGGCGAGGAGAAUCAUUACCAGACGCACCAUCGGGUCGAGGUGGCCGUGGCGGGCGUUGGUGAGUUGGUCCAGUCGUCUUUCUGAGGAACCCGCGAGGCGCAAUGUACACUUGGCGCAAUAUACCCAGGCAAUAGGAGCCCAUGUAGCAUGAUUUCACAAUGUUGAUUCUUCCG